AUGGAUGCUAAAUUUGAAGACAUCAACUGGGAUGAGAGGAUUCGUAUGGCUAAAGGCCUGUCUAGCCAUCCCAACUUUGACUGGAAAUGGGGUACUUUCCCCCAAGCCGAGGCCAACCGAAAGGGAGCCAUGGAUCGCUACUGCAAUAUCAAGCCCUGGAAUCACAACCGCGUCAAGCUCCUUGUCACCAAAGGCCAGCUCGACUACGUCAACGCCUCUCACAUCGAGGCCCCGCCGUCGCACGACUCGUCCCUCUCACCGCUACGCUACAUCGCCAUGCAGGGUCCCACCGAGCCCUCAGUCCCUUACGUCUGGCGCAUGAUUUCUGAGCAGUCCGAGUCACCCAGCGUCAUUGUCCAGCUCACCAGCAACACAGAGGGGAACUUUGCAAAGUGCAACCAGUACUUCCCCGACGGCCUAGCCUCGGACAAUACCACCAAUACUCGCCAACACAACCAGUGGAGCCUCAACGAGCACAAUGUCUGGGGUGAUGGAUGGUCUGCCACCCUGACCCUCGAGUCGGUCGAGUUCCUGUGCAGCGAUGCCAUUGAGAAGCGGAGGCUAUCUCUCAAGGUUGCCCGAGAGCGGUACCCCCGUGUUGUGUGGCACUUUUGGUAUCGUCGCUGGCCCGACUUCGGCGUCAUCCACCCGGAAGACUACGCCACCUUUUUCGAACUCAUGCGCCUGUCGCGGGAGCACAGCUGUCCCGGCGCACCCCGUAUCAUCCACUGCAGCGCCGGGGUUGGACGAACGGGGACCUUUAUCACACUAGAGCAUCUCCUCCGUGAACUGGACGUUGGCGCCUUUCAUCCCUCCCAGUUCUCCAAUAAGGAUGAUAACAACAAGGACGACAGCAAUUCCGAUCCAGACUUCGUCUACGAUACAGUCUCGCACCUACGUCAGCAGAGAAAGGGAAUGGUCCAGAGUGACCAGCAGUACCGCUUCCUAUACCAGGUCCUCCGACGUCGGUGGAUAGAAUUGUACAAGACACGCGGCGUGGAAGACGACGAAGAGGACGACAAUUAUGGAGGUGUCACCCUCGCAAACGGCAUCGCCACUACCAACAAGGGCGACAAUACCAAAACCAAUGCUAAGAGUACGAGUACGAGCAACCAGCUCACCGAUGUCGAGAGCUACGACGAUAACGAUGAUGACGACGAUGACGAUGACGAAGAUGACGACGAGGGUGGUGCCAAGGUCAAGAAUGAUUCUGCCACUGCACCUGCUACUGCUACGGCCACUGCCGUUGCACCAAGCGAUAUGACGGUGGGCGGCGUCAGCGUGUCGGAUAAGCUUAGGACCGUUAACCGUUCGAAGCCUUUCAGCAGUGGAGGCGGUAGGGCAGCCAUGAUGAAGAAGAGGGCCAAGAGGCUAUUGUUUGAUUAG